UCACCAUCUCACGUCCGAUCUCUCUCUCUUCACAAGUCAACUCCUUUCUCCGUCGCAAUUCGCGUGCUUCAAAACAACCGUUGAGAGAGAGGAGAAAAUGACUAUGACGACGGAGGAGAAACCAUCCUCCGACGGCAAAGGAGGUUGGGGUUUCUUCAAAAUCCCAUUUCGCAACUCUUCAACAAGUCACGGAAGAAACAACGCUUCUAGUGCUGCCACGUCUCCGUUUCCAUCUGGAGCUUCUUCUUCUUCUUCUACUUCUUCUCAUCUCCACAACCAUCAUCAUCAGCACCAACAGCAACAACAUCAUCCGCACCACCACCAUCAUCAUCAUCAGCUUGGUUAUAACGGGCCUCAUGGUGAUGGAUCGGGUCAGAAUCAGCACCCGACUCCUUCACCUUCGGUUUCUUCUGUUGCUAAGUCGUUUCUUCCUACUAAACGGAGAUUGAAGCUUGAUCCUUCUGAGAAACUUUAUUUUCCCUAUGAGCCUGGGAAGCAAGUAAGGAGUGCCAUCAAGAUUAAAAAUACCAGCAAAUCACAUGUAGCCUUCAAGUUUCAAACAACUGCACCGAAGAGUUGCUUCAUGCGUCCACCCGGUGCUAUUCUUGCUCCUGGAGAAACUAUCAUCGCUACUGUGUUCAAAUUUGUUGAGCCUCCUGAGAAUAAUGAGAAGCCAAUGGAUCAAAGGAGCAGAGUUAAGUUCAAAAUCAUGAGCCUGAAGGUGAAAGGUCCAAUGGACUAUGUCCCUGAGCUGUUUGAUGAGCAAAAGGAAGAUGUGUCUAAGGAGCAAAUAUUGCGUGUGAUUUUCCUUGAUCCUGAACGUCCCAACCCUGCACUCGAAAAACUGAAGCGUCAGUUAGCAGAAGCAGAUGCAGCGGUGGAGGCCCGGAAGAAACCGCCAGAGGAAACAGGUCCAAAGAUGAUUGGAGAAGGGCUUGUGAUCGAUGAAUGGAAGGAGCGUCGAGAGAGAUAUCUUGCACAACAACAAGGCGAAGGAGUUGACUCUGUCUGAGACUUAAAAGCUCCUUCUCAGGACAAAAGCAAGUACUUGUGAAGAAGAAGAAGAAGAAGAGGCUACCACUAUAUUGAAUUUAUCUGCUAACUUCUAGAUUGAUAAUGCAAUCUAAAGACCAUGUUGGUAAAAGAAAAAAGACAGUGAAGGAAACUUUUUCAUGUAAAAAAAGGAAUGUAAACUUGGGGGUUUGAUAAUGAAUUGUUCAUGUUAAGAA